AUGUACAAAAUCGCCAUUCUCGGUCUAUCUUUCUUCAUUCAAGUACUCGCGGCUCUCGAUACUAAGGUUUCUUGUAUAAAUUGCAAAAGCGAUUCGGACUGUCACUACGACAUGAAGUGCUGCAAGACAAAUAGUCCAGCGUGUACAUCGUCUUCCAGGUCACGUCUCCCUUGUCUACUAUUACCUCCGGGUAUCUUGACCUGA